CAUUUUCAAUCAUUUUCUACCUCAUUAUUUUAUUUAUUUCUUUAUAAGGGAAGUGUGUGUUCACCUAUGACCCCAUGUCGUCACCCUCUGCUUUUCGAGCGCGCGACUGUCAAAAUAUCAACAACGGAUUUGUUAACUUUAAACUCGUUUAGCCACUUUCGUAUGUUUUAUGUACAUCCUUCCUUCUGUAACAGGAUACACAGACCAUAAUUUGGCGAUGUGCUCGAAGAUUAUAUCUAGGGCUAAAGAGUUUUUCACGAUUCUUCGCUCUCUUCAGGAUGCGGAAAGCAGUGAUCCGUAUAUAUAUGAGGAGGAGGUCCAAAUAGUGAAGAUGAACGGAGACGGAAUCCCUGCGGUGAAUAUGUAUUGUGGGAACCAGACAAUCUUCGUCUGUGAAAAAGCUGUUUCAAAAAUAAGCGAUCCAGGCGACGAACAAAUGAGCGAGGCUUCAAACCUUUCUGAUGGCGAUGCUGAUGAUGCUAACGACAGUGCCCAUGUACUUCAAACUGAAAUGGGACCGCAGCCACUUUCAGUCAUGAAAGCAAGACAGUUUCUGUCUUGGUAUACAUUAUCUCAAAAUGCCAGCAUGUCAGCUGAGGACACAAACCUUCCUUUAUACCCUCUGUGGGUGCGAUGCGACAUGUCUGAUCCUGCUGGAACGACCUGGUUUGGGGCUGAAACAGUCUGCGUGGGCACUAAAGUUACUGGUGUCAAACUGUAUUCCAUCACUUCCAAAGGUUCAACUGCAGACAAACAAUCCCUCACAACCUUAGAAGAACUGAAGCAAGAGCAUAAGAAACGGCAUCAUCCAUCCUCGGUGGGGAUUAAAGGCAGUGCCAGGUUCAGCCUGUUUGGUUCCACUGUUGUUGAAAACACCACCAUUGAGUCUCAGAGCAGUGUGACUGUGGAUUUCAAAUGGAGCCAUGUGGAGAGUAUUCUUGAGACCCCACCCCUGUCCUCUACAGCAACAUUAAAUAUCAAAAUUGCCAGUGGAGACAUGAGAAGUCCCAUGUUUGAGAUGUAUAGGGAGCUGGAGUUUCUACAGACUCUCGCUGAUGGUUUGAGAACUGGUGAGACUGAAUGGAUGGAACCGCUGGAAAGCACAUCGCCUGUAAAUCUGACCAAGGCUUACCUAGAAGAGCUACAGAACACUGCAAAAACACUGCAGGAUCAGGCUGCAAGAACGCCCGAGAAGACCUCGAAGCUGAAGUCGGAGACAGAAACUCCCAUUUUCAACUCGUUCCUGGAAAGAGGAGAUUUGGAUUUUGUGGAGCAGCUUUGGGUUCGGAUGAGAAAAAGUGUGACUUCAUAUCAGGACAUUGGAGACUGCCUGAAGUUGGUCAUUGACGCUCUAAGAUAUGGUGACAUCAAACCCUGGAUUCACAGAGACAGCAGCAGUUCCCUCAGCAAGCUCAUUCUGCAGUCGUACCACCAGCAGAUCGAACAUGUGUCUCUUACAGGCUUCACGCCUGUCAACAUGCUGCUGGAGAUGGGUCUGGAUAAGAUGAGAAAAGACUAUAUUAACUACCUGAUUGGUGAAGAACUGACGACUUUAAACCACUUGUGUUUUUACCUCAGCACAGAGGUUGAUCUGCAGGAACAAGUGAUCCGACUCAGGAAACUGCACCAUCUGCUGGAAAUAAUUGUGACCUGCAGCACAUUCCUUGGUUUGCCCUACGAUCGUCUCUUUCUUCUCACGCAAUUGUGUUUGCAGCACUACAGAACGUCACCUUAUGAUGAAGAGCACGAGUUCAAACUCCAAAUCAAACCUGCCCUGAUCAGUCAUUUCUACCAAAAGGAGCACCCAAUACUGUGGGGGGUUGAGGUGUCCAGUGGUCAUGGUCCUCGUGAGGUCAGGACCUCCUUACAUCUUAGUGACAGACCACUGGUUGAUCAUGUCAUCUUUGAAACAGACUAUCCAAAUGAAACCGUGAAUGGGGACAGUGAGGAUCCUGCUUUCUUCUCCACUAUGGCGUACUGCAGCCUUGUCAACUUUGCAUGAAUUUAUAAAAACAUGCUACUAACCCCUCAACAGCAAAUUUCAGUCCUUUGUGUAUAUGUUUUUUGUGUGUAUAUGUUUUUUCCAGUCACAUCUUUAUUUUCACAUUUUGCUGCUCAAGGAAAGACAGGAAAUAUUCUGCCAAACAACUUAGCUGUAUCCAAAUGAAAGUAGAUCACCUGGCGUCUUUGCAAUACCAGUAUCCUAUAGUAGCAGUUUAAUUAGAAACUCUGACUCCUUUUUCCUUCUACUCAAAACCAGUAAUUUUAGAGCAAAACGCUUUACACACAUCAAAUCGAUAAAAAUCACCAGUUCUUUCAGUUCAGCUUAAAUGAUGUAUUUAUAUUCACACGUUAUCCAAUAAAGAAGUGAUGCACUUAAAUUUUAAA